GUUAAUGGCUCUCACUAUUUCAACCUCCCCUUAGGAAUCCGUCACCUAAAGCAUCAACUGAAUGUCAAUUUCUUGUCAAUAUCGCUCUCUCGCUUGAAUGAUUUAAGUUGCAGCUCAAGAUCAGCUCGUUCAUGGCUUCACCCGCUCUCACUAUACGUAACUUUACUGUAUAUCCGAUCACGUUGAAACACAUAUCGCGAUUCCAGGACCCAAACUCGCGGCAAUCCAAUGCCAGCGUAUUCUCAUUUGGCCCAAAAAACAGCACCUCUCCUGCACCAGCCGCGUCCGCUCUUGGAGAACAUGCAAAGAGCUAUAGAGAUGAGGAGGUAGACGUCAGACUAUUGGCCUUCGAGGCCUACACUAUCCCCUCUACCACCUCGGAUUCCGACGACAACCCCCAAAUAGGAACCACAACCAUCCGGCUGACACUCGAAACCCACGACGGCGUCCGUCACCGCAUCGACAUCAAUCCCAGCUACACCCAAAAGGCCUCUCGUCCAUUGACCCCGCUCUCCCCGAACCCCUCCAUCACUCUCAGCUCCUUGUAUCAUCCCGCAAACACCAUCUCUCACCUCACCAUCCACACCCACCACAGUUACGACCUAUCCAAAUGGAUGUCUCACCUCCCCUCCACGCUCCCCCUCUCCGCCCUCAGCAUCCCCGGAACCCACAACUCGCAUACCCAUUACCGCGCGCUCCCCUCGGUAAGAUGCCAAGUCGUCGACCUAAAAACCCAGCUCUCUCACGGGAUCCGCUUCCUCGACAUCCGCGUGCAACCCGCGCACGCCACCGACGUCUCCAAAAAAGACCUCUACCUCGUCCACGGCGCCUUCCCCAUCAGCCUCACGGGACCAAAAUACCUCGCUCCCCUUCUCGAAACCUGCUAUUCGUUCCUCGACGAGAACCCCGGGGAGACGAUCCUCAUCUCGCUGAAGCGCGAGGGCGUCGGUAACGCCACGGAUGAGCAUCUCUCCCGGGUUUUGGAGAGGCAUUACUUCCGGCCCAACCGCUCGAAAUGGUACUUCCCGCCCUUGGCGGACCCGGGGAGUCCGGAAGGGAUACGGAUCCCGUAUCUCGGGGAUGUGCGUGGCAAACUCGUCCUCUUGCGCCGAUAUACCGCUCACUCUGAAGAACCCCCUUCUUCUUCCCCUCCCUCUCCUUCUCCCUCCCCAUCUUCUUCCCAACCCACACAUCCACAUCCACCCCCACCACCCACCCUUCCAUCCCUCCCCGGCCUCGCCGCCACCCACUGGCCACACAACGCAACCCACUCCCCACCCACUCCUACCUUCCCCAUCUCCCUCCAAGACUACUGCGACAUCCUACACCCUGCCUCCAUCCCUCUCAAACUCAGCCACGCCACCUCGCACAUUGCUCGCUGCGCCGCCAACACCGCCUUCGUCCCCGGUGUCAAUACCGAUGAAAAGAAUCCGUGUCCGCCACACGCGCUGUAUCUGAAUUUUUUGUCCGGGAGUAAUUUCUGGCGCAGGGAGUUAGCGAAGCAAGAUCGAGGGAAUGAGAUAGGCUUAAUUCGAAGGGCGAGUCCGAAGGGGGAUAUGAGCACGGGCGUCAUCAUCAUGGAUAAUGUGGGUGAGGGAGGGGAUUGGGAUCUUGUGCGUUUGAUUGUUGGUUGUAAUAUGGGAGUGUUGAUGAAAAUGGGGAUUGUUGGUGCUGGAGGAAAUGGUAACGGUACGAAAGACAAUUAGAUAGAGAACACCUCCAGGAUUAGAUGGAUGAUUUGCAUAUCAAUGACACAUAGAUGGACGGCAUGGGAAAA